CCUGAGGAGCUGCAGCCUGGGGCUCUAAUCCCUGGAGCCCUUCUAAAUGAGAAGCCAGGACCACCUGUCGAAAGUUUGCCCUUCCAUUUCCUGGAGACUCAGGCGUAGAGAGUAGAGACAGCCGUACUGCCACCUGACCCACAGCAGGAGAACCCGCUGACAGCUCCAGACCAGGACCAUCAUGUGCAGCACCAGCUCAUGUGACCUGGAAGAAAUCCCCCUGGACGAUGAUGACCCAAACAGCCUGGAAUUCAAAAUCCUGGCCUACUAUGUCAGUCACCACGUCUUCAAGAGCACCCCUGCUGUCACCUCACCAAAGCUGUCAAGAACAAGAAGUCUGUCCCAGAGGGGUCUGGAGAAUUGGUCAGCAAACGAGUCGUGGACACAGGUGUCAUGGCCUUGCAGAAACUCCCGAUCCAGUGAGAAGACCAUAAACCUCGCCAAGAAAAAGUCUUCCUGGAAAGUGCUUUUGGGACUAGUGGAGAAGGAGGAGGACUCACAGAGCUUGUCCCCGCAGGAACAGGGACACAGAACGGCAAAAUACCAGGGUGGCUUUCCCGGUCAGUGGUCCAGGUCCCUCUCUAACGUGGACCGGUGCUUAGAUCACGAAGCUGCAGACCCCAAAGUUGUUUCCAUUGCCAACCGAGUUGCUGAAAUUGUUUAUUCCUGGCCACCACUAGAAGCCCAGGCAGGGGGCUUCAAGCCCAAAAGGAAUUGGACACCACAGUCUCUCCAGUUCCGGGCUGAAGGCGCCCAGCCUGCAGCAUCAAGUUCUAAGAAAGAGGAAGAAGACCAAAUAAUAAGCAAAAUUGUUGAGCUGCUGAAAUAUUCAGGGGAUCAGUUGAACAAAGAGCUGAAGAGAGACAAGGCUUUGAUGAGCAGCUUCCCAGACGGGCUGCCCUAUGCUGUUUUUAAGACUGUCACAGACCAGGUCCUAAGUGCUGUGGACACCAGGGGAGAGUCAGAGGUCAAAGCUCAAGGUUUUAAGGCUGCGCUUGCAAUAGACGUCAUGGCCAAGCUCACAGCUAUCGACAACCACCCCAUGAACAGGGUGCUGGGCUUUGGAGCCAAGUAUCUAAAGGAGAACUUCUCACCCUGGGUGCAGCAGCAUGGUGGAUGGGAAAAAAUACUUGGACUAUCACAUGAAGAAAUAGACUGAAAUCUCAGCUUUGUCAUCUGGAAUACUCAUUGUCCAACUGUGGUCCCCUGCACACUGGUCUCGGCAUGGACUACAGGAGAAAAUUAAAAUGUACAAGGCAGACAGAGCAUUGAAAUUUUCAAAACCAGUGUUCCUGUGACCUGGGUGGCAUCAGAAGAGGCCUAGUUGGACUCCCACUCAUAGAAUGUAGUAUCAUCAUGGUGCUUGACACUGAGGCUUUAUAGGCCCCCCCACAGAGUGUGAGGUGGUCUGUAAAGAUAAGUGGUAAUUUUCCUUGCUACGGUUCAGAACAGAAACCCUCAUCCUGCAUGUGUGAGCUACUGGAGGGAAAGUGUGUUACAGAUGUCUACUGACCUCACCAGGGGAAAUGAUAAAUUGUGCAUGUGCUGAGUCAUCAGUUUCUAGUACUAGUCACUUUUAAAUUAUACUUGGGAUGGCCUAACAAUGACAUUGUUUCAAGCCUCACUUUGGGAAGAUGUUGCUAUUCAAUGUCAACAGGCGUAGCUUAAAGAAACUCUUGAAUUUACUCCAAUAUCCACUAGUUUGGGGAUAUGACUUUUGACUCACUUCUCUUGGAAAAUUCUUUGGCACUUUGAAAAAUUUCCAUGUGGUACAAAACUAUUAUUGCAACCCACCCUCCACUGUCUUCUCAGGGACUACACCUCUCUCCUUCCUAAGGCCUCUGGUACAUUCUCUAUUUUUCUUUGUAGUAGUGUAAUGAUUGGUAGCUGGUAAAAUAAAUACAUGGAAAGACUACUGUCAAAA